AUGGCGGAGGGGUCACGUCUUGGGAACCUGCUAGCGAGAUGUGUUGAUGAUGCUUCUGCCGCUACCAACAAACGCGCACCUCAUGCACGCAAGAAACGGAAACGUACGAAGGAUCCGGAAGCGAACAAUCUGUCCGUCCACUCUGCUGGGGAGAACAUACCGCUUCUUCGAGAGGACGAGGAUAAUGCAGUGCUGAAGGAACAUCAAGAAGGGGAGAUCGAGGAAGUCGUGGCGGUUGUGGAGCGACUUGUAGCAGACGCAGGAUCAGGUGCGUUCAGUCAACAGAAAGAUUGGUACUCGUGA